CUGGCCAAUCAGAAUCCUCUUCAACCAAAGUCCCUCUCUCUGACUCGCCUCAACGUUAUUACACAAGGAAGUGGGGAACGGAGACGGACGGACUCCAGUGACUGACUGUUUCUCAGCGAACUUUGAACAGACACUGACGUGAUUUUCAAACUGUGAACUUGAAAGUGAAAGCAAACUGUGUUACCACAGCAAUACCAGUGCAAAAGAGAGUCCCCCGGUAACAAGACUAUGGCAUCGAAACCUUUCUCCGAAGAGGAUUUCUCUUGUCCUGUGUGCUGUGACAUCUUUAAGGACCCUGUCGUCCUCUCAUGCAGUCAUAGCUUCUGUAAAGUCUGUCUGCAGCAGUUCUGGGAAACCAAAAUAUCCAGGGAAUGUCCAGUCUGCAGGAGGAGAUCAUCAAAAGAACAUCCUCCAAUAAGUCUAACAUUAAAGAACCUGUGUGAGACCUUCUUACAGCAGAGAAGUCAGAGAGCUUCAGCAGGGUCUGAGGUGCUCUGCAGUCUGCACAGUGAGAAACUCAAGCUCUUCUGUCUGGAGGAUAAGCAGCCUGUGUGUCUGGUGUGUCGAGACUCAAAAACACACAAAACCCACAACUUCAGUCCCAUCAAUGAGGCUGCACUAGAUAUUAAGGAGGAACUCAAGAUCAAACUGGAGCCCCUAAGAAAUAAAUUCAAGACCUUUGAAGAAGUUAAACUCAUCUUUGACCAAACAGCAGCGCACAUUAAGACUCAGACCCAGCACACAGAGAAACAGAUCAAGGAGGAGUUUAAGAAGCUGCACCAGUUUCUACGAGAUGAAGAGGCAGCCAGGAUAGCUGCACUGAGGGAGGAAGAGGAGCAGAAGAGUCAGAUGAUGAAGAAGAAGAUAGAGAAGAUGAGCAGAGAGAUGUCAUCUCUUUCAGACACAAUCAGAGUCAUAGAAGAGGAGAUGGGAGCUGAUGACAUCACAUUCCUGCAGGAUUUUCCCCCCUUUAUAGAAACCUCCCAGUGCACACUGCAGGAUCCAGAGAGGGUUUCAGGAGCUCUGAUCAAUGUGGCAAAACACCUGGGCAACCUGAAGUUCAGAGUCUGGGAGAAGAUGCAAGAGAUCGUCCAAUACACUCCUGUGACUCUGGAUCCCAACACUGCAAGCCAAAUACUCAUCCUGUCUGAGGAUCUGACCAGUGUGAGACGUGGUGAUGAGAGACAGCAGCUUCCUGAUAACCCAGAGAGAUUUGAUGAGUAUGCCGACAUCCUGGGCUCUGAGGGCUUUAACUCAGGGACUCACUGCUGGGAUGUGGAGGUUGGAGAGAACACAUGGUGGGUUGUGGGUGUGAUGAAGGAGUCUCUCCAGAGGAAGGAAGACUAUACCUCCAUGAGUGGACAGUGGUUUGUGUGGUAUAAUGAUGGUGAAUAUCGAGCACAUUCUCCACCACAGUCCUCCGCUCUCCUUACAGUGAAGCAGAAACUCCAGAGGAUCAGAGUGCAGCUGGACUGGGACAGAGGAGAGCUGUCAUUCUCUGACCCUGAUAAUAACACACACCUACACACUUUCACACACACUUUCACUGAGAGAGUGUUUCCAUACUUUAAUAUUGGCUGUGAACUCUCUCCUCUGAGGAUGUUACCAGUGAGAGCUUCAGUGACAGUAGAGCAGCACAGCAAGAGAUGA